CGCCGCGCGGCGGUUAUUGCGGGGGCCGGGCGGCACGCGGGCGGCGCGCGGGGCGAUGUGAGAGCGGCGCCGGGCCCUGUCGCGCGCCCCAGCCGCGCGCCUCUCGGCUCCCCUCGCGCCGUCCCUGAGGCGGCGGCUCCCGCCGGCCCUCGCGCCGGGCCCCGCGUGAUGCCGUGAUCCCGGGCGGGCGGCGCUGCUGCUGCUGCUGCUCAUGGGGCUGCUCAGGAUUAUGCUGCCGCCCAAGUUGCAGCUGCUGGCGGUGCUGGUCUUCGGCGUGGCCGUGCUCUUCCUGGAGAACCAGAUCCAGAAGCUGGAGGAGUCCCGCGGCAAGCUGGAAAGGGCUAUUGCAAGACAUGAAGUCAGAGAAAUUGAGCAACGUCAUACAGUAGAUGGCCCCCGGCAAGAUGUGACACUGGAUGAAGAAGAUGAUGUGGUGAUUAUUUACAACAGAGUACCUAAGACUGCCAGCACAUCCUUCACAAAUAUUGCCUAUGAUCUUUGUGCGAAGAACAAAUAUCAUGUUCUACAUAUCAAUACAACCAAAAAUAAUCCUGUUAUGUCUCUGCAAGAUCAGGUCCGAUUCGUGAAGAAUGUGACUUCCUGGAAAGAAAUGAAACCAGGAUUUUACCAUGGACAUGUAUCUUAUUUGGACUUUGCAAAAUUUGGUGUUAAAAAGAAACCAAUUUACAUAAAUGUCAUAAGAGAUCCUAUAGAAAGACUGGUUUCUUAUUAUUACUUUCUGCGCUUUGGAGAUGAUUACAGACCAGGGCUACGGAGGCGAAAACAGGGGGAUAAAAAGACCUUUGAUGAAUGUGUGGCAGCUGGAGGUUCGGACUGUGCUCCAGAGAAACUUUGGCUUCAAAUUCCUUUCUUCUGUGGCCACAGCUCUGAAUGCUGGAAUGUGGGAAGCAGAUGGGCUUUGGAACAAGCCAAGUACAAUCUGAUUAAUGAGUACUUCCUAGUGGGAGUUACUGAAGAGCUUGAAGACUUUAUCAUGUUACUGGAGGCAGCUUUGCCCCGGUUCUUCAGGGGUGCCACAGAACUGUACCGGACAGGAAAGAAGUCUCAUCUUAGGAAAACAACUGAGAAAAAACUUCCCACAAAAGAAACUAUUGCCAAGCUACAACAGUCUGAAAUCUGGAAAAUGGAGAAUGAGUUCUAUGAAUUUGCAUUGGAGCAAUUUCAGUUUGUCAGAGCACAUGCAGUUCGGGAAAAAGAUGGAGAAUUGUAUAUUCUGGCCCAACACUUUUUCUAUGAAAAGAUUUACCCUAAAUCAAACUAAGAACACUAUACUGUUAGAUUGAUGGACCUAAAUCUUUGAUCACAUCAUCAUCUUAGUCCUCAACCAUGGAAAUGAGAUUGCUUGUAGACCUCCAAGACAUUUCUUUAUAGAUCUGAGAAAAGUGGGCUGUGGAUCACCUCCAGGGCACUGGAUACUGGCUGUGUUGGUAAUCCAAAAACAAAGGUGUAAUUUCUUGUAUCUAACUAAUAGUUUCAGUGGGAGUUAAUACCUUUACCUGAAGAAAUCUACACGUUAAUUGGGAGCAAUUAAUACACAGCAGUUCUAGUUGGAAAUAUAAACAACAAAAAAUGCUUCUGUUGAUGCUUUUUUUAAUUUUCAGAACAAUUUAUUUUCAUUUCUACUUCUGUGAAGAGGAAAUAAUUUUUCCCAGCUUUCAACAUGGAAAUUUUGGUUGUAUACAAGAUGAGUAGUCUUGAUAACUGGUUGACCUCUGUGCUUUGUUUUUGUGAAUCAUGUCACAUGAUAUUAAUUGGGAUGGUUAAUCAUGUUCUGCUAAGAAAUGCUGCUGCAGCUGGAAUUGCCCAUAUUUAUAUAUGUGGUUUUAUUUAAAAAUUACAAUUAAUCAUUACUGUUAGAACAUAAUUUCCACAUUAAUAAUGUAAAAAGUUAAAGAAUCAGAGCGGUGCGAGUUUUGUUUUUUUUUAUCCCCACCACCACUGACUGAGGCUGGGAAAACUGCAAAGAAAGUUGAUAGUGUCUGCGGUUCCAGUUGAUCCUUACAGUGUGGUAUAAAAGUCAUCAACUCAGUAUUAAGUUUCUCCAUGGAUUCUUUGUAAUAAUUGUAAACUGAGGUAUUGGUGAAUCCAUAUUAUGACUCCAUUAGUGAGCUGUGGUAUGGUUAGGGUUUUCCUACUACUUCGAUACUUUUACCUGUAGAAUAUUUUUACUAAGGUGCUUUAUAAUGUGUUUUAAAGCAUUGCAUUUACAACAGAAGUAAAAUGCUGUAAAUACUGCUGAUUUUAUGUAUUUGGACCAAAAGGUUUAAAGUAACUAGUUUAAAGUAACUAGUUUAAAGUGGGUUUUUUUGCACCAGUUCUGUUACAUGUGAAGUGAAAAACAUCACAUCUGCUUCCUGGUUGAGUUAACUGGACAUUGCUGAAACGCACUUCAGUGACCUCUCUGACUUCAAUACCAGAAUGCUGUCCAGGGAUUCUCUUUACAGAAAUGUUUUCUUCAACCUUCUUAUUAUGGUAAGAGGAAAAGAAGAAUGUCAUGUGUAGUCUGGUUGAGAAAGAUGCAGUGACUUUGAUUGACAUAGUUAUAUUUACAUAACUGCCUUAUGUGUCUAUUGUAAAUUUGUGAGUUGCCAUCUUUAACAAUGUGAAACACCUGGUAGAUAAGUAAAUUUAAAUUUGAGAGCAGAUAUUUGGGGCCAAUGCAUUAUAGCAAAUGACAGUGGACAACUACAAUAAUUUUUCCUAUUGAAUUUUCUUAAAGAUCUGAGUAUUUACACAUCUUACACCUGCCUUUACUAGAAGUGCUUUUCACAGGAUUUGGCUGGGGAAGGCACUUAGGAGACAAAGUAAGGAAUGGUGGUAAAGGUUUAAAUUCCUAAGGGAUGAUGCUGAAGUCUUAAGUCUAAAAUUACCAAGUGGAGUUUCUUUAACUAACUUGUUCUUGUAAUGAAAACAAAGGAAAUGGAAAAUGGUCUGUGAACUGGAUGUCUGCAGCCAAAAGCAACAGUCCAAUUACAGAGAGAGUAAUCAGAGACCAUCAAGUACAUCUUGCAUUUUCUUUGUUUUCUUUGAUUUUUCCCUUUGAAUUUUAAAAAUAGACCUCUGUUCUUCCCAAAUAAUCAGGGAAGUUCCUUCUGAUAGCUUACAAUUUAUAUAGAAUGAACUAUGCAUAAGAUUUCCUGUUCUAAUUCUUGUCUAUUGACGUCAUUCAUAAUGCCAACACAUUUGGGAAUAGGAUGUGGUAGUUCAUGCAUGAAGAAAUGUUUCCUAACUAAAGAAAUUCAGGAGUCACACAUAAGGAAUGGCUAAUGGAGAUCUAAAAUUGUUUGUAACAAAUCCCUAGCUUUUUUGAAACAAGAUGUGUAUUUAUAAUCCCAGGCAAGAUUAUCUGUUCAGUGAUAGUUUUAGGUUAGGCAUUAUUUUGACUAUGUUGUUUUCCUUCAGAAUUAUUUGGAUCAGUUUACCUUCUUAAGUCUCUUUCAGAAUUUUCAGAAGAGCACCUCUAAGAGAGCAGAGAAGUUUCCUAAGUGUAAACAUAUAAUAUUCAUCUAAGUAACAAAAUAGGUAUGUAGACAAAUGCUUCUUUUUUAACAAGAAGAAAUAGGAAAAACUUCUACUGAUUUCAGUAGAGUCUACAGAAACCUUUUCUAUAAGCAAUUUUAGAAGUCAUGUUUUUUUUUUUUUUCCAUCCAGGGUUUAGAAUUUCUUUAUUAUUAGUCUUCAGUAAGAAAAACAGUAGAACAAUUCCAUUUAAAAAAAAAUAAAUAAAUUUUAAAAGGGCAAUAUAUUUUUCACAGCUCAUAUGAGAAAACACAAUUUGUUUAAUCAAAUAUAACUUACUGUUCUCUGCUGUGAACUGACAGCACUGACACAUUUUAGCAAUUAUUUUUUUUUAAUGCUAGCUACAAUUGCAGAGGGAUUCAUUCCAAAUGCACUCUGAAAAUGUUAUUGUCUGUAGAACACAGAAAUAACCAAGACCAUUUACUUGUGUAGUUAGUGCAACCAUUAAGUCAACUAUGAACUUCUUAGAAUCCUUUGAAUUCAGAACUAUCAAACUUGGAUUUACCAAAAGACAGUUUACGAAAAGGAGCUUUACAGAUUUUUAAUAAGCUGCUCUCUAUUAAUAUAUUUAGAAAUGGAAAAAAACCAAAUUUUUGGUAUUAAAAGUAUUUUACAGUAUGUAGACAGAAUGUAUUUUGUGUAUUUUCCUUUAAUGAGUUAUAGUGAAAAGCAGCAAUACAUGGAUUUUUUGUUGUUGCAGGUUGUUUAAUGAGUAAACUUACUAUUUAGCCUCCUGAACAUGGAUCUUUUAACUGAAGUCACUGUAGCCUCUGCACAGGAGUGAGAUUGGAUUUCUGCAGAGCUAAGUUCAUUUGAAAGGUGCUGAAACGCUCAUAUACAUAUAUAUAUAUAGUUAAGAGUAGAUGUUGUUACACUGUUCUGUACUUUUUUGUACAAAAUUAACACCCAGAUUUUGUGCAAAACUGUAGCCCUGGGGAAGCUCUCAGUGUCAGCAUAAUGGCAGUUGGUCCAGCUGUGCUGGUAGGGACACAGUCAUGACUACAGCAUGCCUGGAGCACUUGGGAUAUGCUGGGCAGUGUUGGCAGGAGAGCAACAGUGGUUUUAGCUCCUUUCUGUCAUCAUUCUGCAGCUGUGCAACAAGAAUUUCUUUCUUAUUUUGUUAGUGCAUCUAUAAGCAGACACAAGGCUACGGUGCAGAAUGUUCUGUGUGCUCAUUCCUACUUGUUCGGGGUUGAUUUUCAAGCUCUCUUGAUUUUCUCUCUAUUAAUGGUACGCUGAUGAUAGCUUCAUUUUCCAAUAGGCAUGAAAAGUUAUAGCUCUACAAUACAGGAAAGGAAGAAGCAGCCCAUCCUUUUUGUUUGAAAUGUCUUCUCUGGAUACUUAGUUUUUCUGAAGAUACUGUUUUUACUUUCCAGAAAUAAGCAUUUGCAUAUUUAUGGUCUCAGAGCAAUUCUAUUUUAUAUCAGGGAAAAUUCCAUUAUUUUGUGUUACAAUUCUUUUCAAAUUUUCCAUUAAGCUUACCUGGUGUUGCUAAACAUGAAUGAAAAGGUAUACAGAUGAUGCUGUCUGAACUGUGCUGCUUAAGCAGUCAGUGGAAAAUCCUGAUUCAAGUACACUGCCAAUUUAGCUCUUCAAAAUUAGAGCAUAUUUUAUGACUACUAGAGAUUAAACUUAAGGAAACUGUAAGGCUGCUUAGUUGCAUGGAUGCUUUCUUUCCUGUAAGCCUGUGCAACCAUGUAACCUUUGCAGCAGUACUUACAGAAAAAGAGCCCUCUUCCUGAGACUUUUCUGAAGUACAGUUAUAAAUGUUCAAACACUUGUACUGUCUGAUACUUACAUCAGCAGCUUUCUGUAGCUUCUAUAAAAAGAGACAGGUUUGUGAGCAUUUCGAAGGCAGUAGUGAAUGUAAUUUUUUUAAAACAUGGAUUGUGCUUCAUGACGUUUUUCUUCUUAAACACACACACAGCUAAAUAGUGCCUUUUUUCCUCACAAUCCAUGUUGAAGAUUCUCACUCCCACUCACCCUCUGUAAAUUGAUUUGUUUGUGCAAUACUGUUCCAACUUAAAACCAUUUUGUCACAGCUGUUUCAGAAAUAAUCUCCAUUUUUCCUUACUAUGCUGCCAGCUUUCUGUUGUUGAAGUGUUUCAGUUGAUUACCUAAUGCAAAUGCUAUAAAAUAAAACACCCAGUGGGAAGGGGAAGGAAAAGUCUGGUGUCCUGUCUUAAUAUUUGCAUGUCACAUUCACAUUAAAUGCUUUUUUUCUA